AUGAGUCGUAAAAUAGAGAUCACGGGGAUAUCGGCGGAGGAUCUCGUCUACAAGAAAAGACGGGUGAAAAAGAACGCCUACGUUGCCUUCGACACGGCAGGGAAAUAUAUGAAACAGCCGAUGAGAACGAGCGUCGACGAGAUCAGUGGGAAUUAUCCGAUGUGGGAGGACAAGCUGGAGACGGAGUUCUCGCCGGGGAAAGAAGCGGUUACGGCGACGAGUGUGAUGUACGUGCAGGUUCUCUGCCGGAGUUCAGCUGGGGAGGAUCACUGCGUGGGAACGGCACGUGUCCCUGUUAAGGAUUUUACGGGAGAAUAUGCGCCGGAGGGUUUUUUGCACUGUCUCAGUUACAGAUUAUGGGACGAGUCUGGCUGUCGUAACGGGAUUGUCAAUUUCUCCGUUAGGAUUCUUCCCGAUAAAUCAGAUCUUAAAUCCCGUCUCCGUCCGUUUUGGUUACGUUAA